GUGAGCCAGGAAGCGGACUUGCCAUUGCCUUUUGGUUGUUGCAGCUGUGAGCAUCUAUGCCUCCUCCUGCCUGGAACGCUUUCUCUAUGCAGAUGAUGGCCACUAACUAAGAAACACCAGAAGCAUGUGCCAUUUUUGAAGUCUUCCUUGAACUGACAGCAAUGCCAUCGCUAGGGUGCAGUUUGCAAUCAUUGAAAAUCUUUUAGCCUACCGUGUCUGGUUUUCCAUUUUGAGGAGUAUUUGGCUCUUACAAUGAACGUUUGUUCAGAAAAUUCAACAGACAUUCAAAGAAAACCUAUAUGAAGAGUUUCAACCUUUUUUCCUCAAAAGAUUUCUAAUUCCCCCAGAAUGCUUAUUAGUGCUAGGAGGUUAAGAAGAUGCCAGUUUCUUCAAUUACUUGCCUCAUGUUUUGUUUUAUCAUUAAUGGCUUUAUUGGUUCAGGAAGACAAUUCCUUGAUCAGCCACGUAAAGUCCUACUCCUACAGGUACCUUAUAAAUAGCUAUGACUUUGUCAACGUUAGUCUGUCUAUUCCUCGGGACAGAUUGGACGGGGCAGCUAGCUACAGAUAUCUUCUCAAUAACAGGCACAUAUGUCUAAAUGAGGAUGUACUCCUCUUACUGUUUGUAAAGACAGCUCCUGAAAACCGAAGGCGCCGUGAUGCGAUUCGAAAUACUUGGGGCAAUGAGGAUUUCAUCCGUUCUCAGUAUGAUGCCAACAUUAAAGUUGUGUUUGCCCUUGGAGCAGAGGGCGAUCCAGUGAAAAGUCGUGAAAUUCAGCAAGACCUUGUCAAUGAAAACAAACGAUUCAAGGAUCUAAUACAGCAAGACUUCAGUGACACAUUCCACAACCUAACUCUUAAAUUGCUUUUGCAGUUUGGGUGGGUAAAUUCUUUCUGUCCUAGUGCUAAAUUUAUUAUGUCUGCAGAUGAUGAUAUCUUUGUACAUACCCCUAACUUGGUUUCCUACCUUAAAAGCUUGCCUAUUGAGACACAGGAUUUUUGGAUUGGUAGAGUCCAUCGUGGGUCACCGCCAAUAAGACGAAAAACCAGCAAGUAUUAUGUGCCUUAUGAAAUGUAUCCCUGGUCAUCUUAUCCUGACUACACUGCAGGAGCUGCUUAUGUUGUUUCUAGAGAUGUGGCCGCAAAAGUAUAUGAAGCAUCACAGACUUUAAAUACCAGUUUAUAUAUAGAUGACGUUUUCAUGGGAAUCUGUGCCAAUAAGAUGGGACUUGUGCCUCAGUAUCACGUAUUUUUCUCCGGAGAAGGAAAAUCCCCAUACCAUCCUUGUAUUUACAACAAAAUGAUGACUUCCCAUGGACAUUUAGAUGACCUUGACUAUUUAUGGAGGCAAGCUAUAGACCCUAAUGUAAAAUCUAUUAGUUCUGGAUUUUGGGGUAACUUAUAUUGUAGAUUUGUAAAUAUCAUGCUUCUCUGUAGAAUUAGCUAUGUGGAUACAUAUCCCUGUUCAGCUGCAUGGUCCUAGUACUACUGCAAUAGUGCUUGCUUUCAGUUUGAUUUUUUUUUUAAGCAAAUAUUCUCUGGAUCCUUUGGUUCCCGCCCAUCUGCUCUCAGGAACAUAUACUAUUUUGCUUUCGAUAUGCUUAUAAAAUCAGUUACUGAACAGCAGUAAUAAAUGCAGAAAUGUUUACUUUGGUGCACUCACUCACGCUGUAAUACCUUAAUGGCUGUGUUUUAUGUAUUCUUUUUUUAUCUCCUUGUUUACAGAUCUAUUGUAUGAUCUAGAAGUGGUUGUUUAAACCAUGCACGCGUAUAAAUCAUAAAUAAAUCCCCAUGAGCACAGCAGGAGUUAAAAUAAGCCAGACUGAGGUCAAUGGCUUCCUACACGUGUAUUGCAAGCAACCUUAUGGCUCUCCAGCUCAGCUUUUAGCAGUUGUGGGAUGCUGGGAAGUUUACUUUGUAACAGCUAGAGAAGACCCAUGUUGGAAUCCUUGUUCUAAAUUGUUAUUGUGCCUUCUAAUGUCCAGCUAAAAACCAAAUAAUAAGUGGCUGAGUUAUGUAGUUAUGUGUUACACAGGUUGGCAAUGGUGGGUUUUACCAUAUAAAUAGCUGUAUUUAGGGAAUGUAUUAAACAUGCCCGCAGAAUAAUACCCAAUUGAUGGGAAAACUACCUUUGAAAUCGGUUUAUUUACACUUUCAUCAUUGCAGUUAAAUCAAGGAUGGGUAACCUGCUUUCCAGAUGCUGUUGAACUACAGUUUUUCUAUCCCACUGACACUUUUGGCGGGAAGAUACGCUUGUGCCUUAUUUACAUAUUGGCUCUUGUAUUAAUAUAGCUUACAGUGUUCUUUAUAAAUAAAGCUAAACUAAAGAAAAAAAGAUGUGAGAAUAAAUUCCAUGUGAACAUAUUUUUUAACUACAGCAGGUCUGUUUUACACAAAAAUAUAUUUUUAUACUGUAGUAGAACUGCUUAUUUAUUAUAAAAGAUAUGAAAGCAGGUAAAAACAAACCGCCCAAUCUUUUGUGUACUGGAAAUCCUUUUGAUAACUUUAGCUUCUAGUGGAGGGAUUCCCAAUUAAAAUGGUGCUGGUUCUUGCAAGUGUGUGAGGCGGAGAGAUCCAUUUCUGUGGCCUUUGCACAUCAGAGUGUUCAAACACACAUGCAUGCACGUGUAUUUAUUGUUAACUGUAUGUUUUGUGUAUUUUUUUUUUAUGUUGUAAAUUAUUGCUUUGCUCGUGAGAGCAAUUUUACUUUUGUAAAUCUUCACAUUUUCAAUAAACAGUGACUCCAUGAA